AUGCCUAUUUCAAUCACCCGAGUUCUCCUGGCCGCCCUGAUCGCAGGCCAGGCCGCUGCCGCGCCGAUUUCCGCGUCCGGCAAGGAUGGGUUGGCAAGGCGGGGGGGUUUUGGCGACCUUUUCAAGUCGGACCACCACGGCGUUGAUGUCACCAACCAAGACAACCCCUUCGGCUUUGGCAACAGAAAACGUGACGAGAACGCGGUCGCUAAUAACGAGCAGCAGUCGGGGGAUGCUGAUGAGGCCGACGCCGCUGACGGUGGUGAGGAGUCCGCUGUCGAGAAGCGCGACGACUCCAAGGCCACCGACAACAAGAGCGAUGCUACUGUUUCCGACAGCAAUUCAGCUGAUGCCAACAACGAUACAGCUGGUGCCAACAACGAUACGGCCGAUACCGACAGCGAUUCAGCUGACGUCAACAACGAUACAGCUGAUACCAACAGUGAUACAGCUGAUACCGACAGCGAUAGUGCUGAUGUCAACAACGAUAGUGCCGAUACCGAGAGCGAUUCAGCUGAUACCGACAAUGAUACAGUUGAUACCAACAGUGAUGAAGCUACUACCGACAACGAUAGUGCUGAUACCGACAACGAUACAGUUGAUACCAACAGUGAUGCAGCUACUACCGACACUGAUAGCGCUGAUACCGACAACGAUAGCGCGGAUACCGACAGCGAUAGUGCCGAUACUAAGACUGAUACAGCUGCCGCCGACAACAACAGCGCCGAUACCAAGACUGAUACAGCUGCCGCUGACAACAACAGUGCCGAUACCAAGACUGAUACAGCUGCCGCCGACAACAACACGGCUGAUACCAAGACUGAUACAGCUGCCGCCGACAACAACACGGCUGAUACCAAGACUGAUACAGCUGCUGCUGACAACAACACGGCUGAUACCAAGACUGAUACAGCUGCUGCCGACAACAACACAGCUGAUACCAAGACUGAUACAGCUGCUGCCGACAACAACACAGCCGAUACCAAGAGCGAUAGUGCUGCUUCCGACAGCAAUGGCACUGAUGACAAGAAGGGCGAUGAGUCGAAGGGUACCGAUGACAAGGACGCUCAAAAGGCAUAG